AUGGAUAAAGCCAGUAAUGUUGUGGGCCUAAUUGAUUUUGCCUUCUUCCUGUGCUCGAGCAUUUACCAAAUGGUUGAGAAUGUGAAGUCCAACAAGGAGAGCUGCCAGCUAUUCGCUAAGAGAGUCAGGGCCAUUGAAGGACUGGUUCUCAAAAUCAAAGAAAGAGGGCCGGGCCAGAUCUGUGCCACUGUGGAGAACGCUCUGAGGGAUCUCUGCGACACUCUGCAAAAUGCCAAGCAGCUGAUGAUGAAAUUCUCCCGAACUAAAACUGUUAAGAGCUUUGUGAAGUCCGGCAGCCUUAAAGACAAAUUCUACAAUCUGAACAUCAGACUCGACCGUGACUCUCAGGUCCUGACGACGGCUCUGCAGAUCAAACAGGGGGACAUGCUGCAGAGAGUGCAUGAUACUCUUUCAGAAAAGAAACAGAAUGAAGACUAUUGCAUUGGACAGGCUAAUGACAGCCCUCCUCCUUACACCAUGCUCCCCACACCAAUGCCAAUGUCCAACCCCGUAUCUCCUACACCUCUCCCCUGCACCAUGGCCCCCAUGCCAAUGCCAAUGCCAAUGCCAAUGCCAAUGCCUAUGAUUCCCACACCUCUUCCCUGCAUCAUGCCCCCCCUGCCUUUCUACACCGCCUGUGUCCCGAGGCCUGCCAUCACCAUAGCCCAAAGAGUUGUCGUGAUAAGGAAGGUUUUAUUCGGCUGGUUGGUGGUCAGAAUCACUCAGAGGGCCGUGUGGAGAUCUUUCAUGAUGGACUUUGGGGGACUGUGUGCGAUGAUGGGUGACACGGAAGGUUUUAUUCGGCUGGUUGGUGGUCAGAAUCACUCAGAGGGCCGUGUGGAGAUCUUUCAUGAUGGACUUUGGGGGACUGUGUGCAAUGAUGACUGGGACAUAAAUGAUGCUUAUGUCGUGUGUCGCCAGCUAAAUUUCAUUGGGGCAACAGAAGCUGUAACAUCAUCAUCUGCAUUUGGCAACGGGAAUGGCAAGAUCUGGAUGGAUAAUUUAGGCUGUAGUGGAACGGAGAGUAACCUGUCCCAGUGUUCAUUUAAUGGGUGGGGGACCCAUAACUGUGCUCACGGUGAAGAUGCUGGUGUUAGAUGUGAAUGUGAACCGAUCCACUGGAACCAAAGCCACGAGUAUGAUUUGGACCAAAGCACAAGCCUCUCUGAUCAGCUGGGGGAGCUGUUUGACAGUGGGCGUUACUGUGACUUGAACAUUACAGUGAUGGUGAACAACAAAACCACUGACACAAUCUGCACUCACAGGGUCAUCCUUUCUCUGAACUCAUUCCCCACGUCAGAGCCAGACUUUCCCAGCCUUAGCAUCAAUGCUUCUGCUAACUGCAGUCAGCACGUCAAGGACUUUGUCAGAUACUUCUACACAAGAGAGAUUAAACUCACUCGAUUCUCUGCCUAUUGCAUUCUCAAGAUGGCCUCCGACUGGGCUCUGACAGAUAUUCUUAAUGAGGCUGCAAAUAUUUUCAGACUUUUUCUUCCGGAGGAUCCCACUUUCCAGACCCAGAGCUCUUUCUAUGAGCAUGCAGUUCAUACAGGUGAUGAGGCACUGCAGGAAGUUUGUCUUCGCUACCUGGCAUGGAACUGCGAGGCGUUGAUCCUUUCCCCAGCCUGGACAGAUCUUUCUUUGGGUCUAGUCAAAGCUCUAAUGUCCCGCUCAGACCUCGUGGUGGCUAAUGAAACCGUCCUCUUGAUAGGACUGGAGAGGUGGUCAGCAGCCCAAAACAACAUAAAUAUUCCCGAGGCGCUACUGAAGCUCAUCCGUUUCCCAGUGAUACCAGCUGAGGACUUAUACACACUUAAUGACGAACAGUACACAGCCGGCAAGCUGCAGGGGUUUCAGUUUAAUGCUCUGCCCAUCUCGACAUUGCUCAGUGACCUGAAGGAAGAACAAAACGUCUACACAUCCAGGAUUUACACUGGCACACCAUGGAGCUUUAGCUUCACCUACAACAUCAUCAAAUAUUACAAGAAUCGGGGGUUCUACGUUCUUCGUGGCCAACGCAUCCAUAGUCUGGCCUCUGAUUUCCAAACGCCGGUCCAUAACAGCGCCUUUUUUGCUCUUCACAAAAUGAGCUGGAAAACAAGGGUGUAUCUUAGCAAUGAAGAUUGCUCCAGUGAAAAUGUCACUUGCCCCUCUUUGCCAGCUGUCAGUCUGAAGGUUGAGGAAAAGAGCCGCAAUUUACCCAGUGAGAUGGAGGGGCGUAUUCAUUACAGCAACAUGCUUGUUGUCAUGUGUGACAGAAGGUAUGUGUUCCACAUUCAUGAGUUUAAUGCUGAUAAUGACAGCAAUCUUUUAUAUAUUCCAAGCAGUGCAGAACAAGUCUAUCCAUGCCACUCAGACCGGUUCCACUACCAGGUGGUGGUACGUCCUCAGUACUCUACAGAUUAGUUGAAGAUGUGGACGAGGAUGAUUUAUAAACAGCAUAUCUGGUCAGAGCUGGCCUUCACCAUGAAGCUAUAUAAGAAGGUGAUAUGGGAAUCCUAGAAAAGCUAAAGAACAUGAGACAAAAAUUAAUUAAAAAAUAAAGUUCCUGAACUAAAACAGAUACCAUUCCGUGCUGUUUGUAUUAAGCACUGACAAAAUGA